AUGUGCGCGUUGGAGCUUGGGUGUCGGCUCCGCUGCAGGAUGCCGUUACCAGAUGCGCCGUGCACUUUGGAGCCUUUGGGUGUUGCUGCCAUGUCAAAGGCGCGCGCCGUUGAAACCUGUGUGCUGGUCCGCUGCAAGGUGCUGGCCGGGUGCAAGAUCUGUGCCCUGUACGCUGUGAAGUUAAGUGCAUGCAGUGCCGGGAUGUCCAGCUUGCCCUUCAGAGCCUGCAUGUUGGUGUCGCUGAGGCCGUUGCAGGGUGCCCUUGCCAGAUGUUUGUGGCAGUGCGCGAUUUGGCUGGUGAAGGCAUUUGGUGGAGGUCGUCAUUUUUGA